AUCCCCUGUUUAUUUCAACCGCUCGCGGAUACAGGAAAACACAACAGACAGAACAAACAUACAAAUUAAAUUACAUUAAUGUCACCAUGUGCACGUUUGCCUUGGUGGAGUGGACAGAAGGUAUAGUGACAAGGGACUUAGGAGCAUUCUGCCGAUUGACUGUGUUCGAGAUUUUCAUGAAGAGAAUUACUUGAAUGGCGACGAAAAAACUCCUGAGGAGUUUUUGGUGGAAUGGCGCCAUGGACGCAAGGGAGCUAAUAGACAGUGGCCGGUGUAUCAAGCCAGGAUCAUCAAGGUUGCAAGUAUGUACACGCUAUCCAUAUUUAUUUAGCUUUAGUAAUGAAUUAAAUGAACAAAAGCCUGUAAACCAGGCAACGUUUUCGGACCAAGGACCCCUUGGCUGAGAGAGAGAAGAAGCAGGGACACCCACUACAUAUUGUAUACAAUUGUGUUGUAAAUUAAACAUUUUCAUAGAUUUCUUAGACAGCUUCAUAGACUUUGACAGCACUAGUAGAGGGAUGCAAACUUGGCCCUGAAAAAUGAAAAUGAUCAUUUGAAAGACCUCAUAAUAAAGCGUAAGUAUUAUUUUAUUGCAAUAUUGGUUUAAUACAAUCGGAUAGGACUUUUCUGUUUUGUAAAUGUGCUGUCAAUGGACCGUGUUACAACUUAGAUGCAAAUAGCAUCCAAGUUGCUUGCAGCUAUGGUGAUCUGAUGAUUUUAAUUGGUGUGAUUUUAUUUUUUCCCUUCUGUCACAACCUCACACUAGAUAUUCCUCAAAUGAAGGAGGACAUUGCCUCGCUUGCUGGAAGAUAUGCAGCAACCUCAAAACAAUUGCAGCCUCAAAAUACUGUGGCAGCUGCAGAGCCUCAGAAGAAGCAGCCUGGUGAUGACGAUGAUGAUGGUGGUGGUGAUGGUGGAAAUAACAACAAAAUCCAUGGAGAGAGAACCGAAGCUCCAGAGAAAACCGAAGCCCCAGAGACAAUUGAAAUUGUGAAGGGGUCAGGAGUCUUUUGCAAAAGAGAUGCGUGGAAGGCAUCCAUCCAUACCACCUCUGGCACAGCAAUGGUGCGAACUCUCCUCCUCGGCACAUUUCCCCUUGAAACCCUGCUUCAGAGCAAACUCAACGGUGGCAAGCCAAAGCGAGGUGAUGGGGAGCAGCUGGAAGCCCUGGACCCAGGAAAAAAGGCGGCCAUAAUCGAGGCAACAAUGAAGAAGUGGCCACACACAAGGAAGGGCCAGCUGGGUACAGCCAUCAACAACAAGCUGACAGAGCUCAGGGCUCGCCAAAAGCAGACAAAAUAAUUGACAUUUAUUGACAAUAAAUAUAUGUUAAUGACUUAUA